AUGUCUAAUUCAUCAGCAUCAUCCUCCUCUAGCUCUGAUUACGAAUUAACUGAAUACGAAUCAAUCAAUCGGGUUGUUUCCCAAAUGAAUGCAGUUUUCAAUCCCGAGGCAAUAGGCGCUUUUCUUAGUGUUAUCUUUGACGAAGAAGAAAACCAGAGCCAAGAAGCUUCAAGUUCUUCAGCACCCAAGUUGACUAGAAGGGAUCACCUUGGUGCUGCAAAACUUUUAUACGAUCAUUACUUUGCGCCUAACGGCACUUACCUACCUGACAUGUUUCGUAGAAGGUUUAGAAUGCGAAAGGAAAUGUGUAUCCGCAUAGCGCGAGAUAUACACUCCUUUAACAGCGUUCAACCGCUACCGAAGCACUUUCAGUUUUUCCACAAAGGGGCGAUGGAUGCUUCUGGUCGUUCCGGUUUUAACAUUUUCCAGAAAUGCACUUCUGCAAUACGCCAGUUAGCGUAUAGUUAUAAGGCUGAUGCUUUGGACGAGUACUUGGAAAUGACGCAAGAUACAAGGUACCAAUGUUUAGCGCUUUCUGCAAGUGAGUGGAGGAACUGUCCGGUGGCAUGGCAAGGGCAGUACACGCGAGGCGACAAGGGGCAUCCCACAAUCAUACUUGAAGCAGUUGCUUCAUAUGAUUUGUGGAUCUGGCAUGCUUACUUUGGCCCUGCUGGUUCGAACAAUGACAUCAAUGUCCUCAACGAAUCAGAUUUGUUCGACGAUUUGCUUCAGGACAGGGCUCCUAAAGUAGAGUUUUCGGUGAAUGGCCACCGGUUUGGAAAGGGAUAUUACCUAACGGAUGGUAUUUACCCUGAAUGGGCUACUCUUGUGAAGUCUUUCAAGUGCCCGAUGGACCCGAAAACCACCAAGUUCAAGAGAUACCAAGAAGCUGCAAGGAAGGAUGUCUAG